AUGAGUGGCGGAAGUCAUAUUCCGUCGGCAUCAAAUUCAAAUGGAUAUGUAACAUCCAAAGAAAUGCUGUUGACUUAUAUCAGAAAUAUGUCGAAAGCUGAUAUUCGAAAAUUAUUGAGCCCUGUUAGAGAGGGGAUUUUGACAGAGAACACUGUUUUGCAUAUGAAUACACAGUAAGUUAUUUUUUAUAUUAUUGAUAUAAGUUUAUAAAAAGGUAGAUAAUACGUGAUAAUUUCUAGGUUUUGCAAAAUAAUGUUGUUGAACUUCUGACAUUUUACAGAAUGGUUUUUGUUCUCUUUUUUGAUAAUGGCAACUAGCACACCUGUGUCCAAAAAGAUCACUACAAAGUUUCUUAGAAACUAAACUGUAGUUUCAUUUGACAAAACAAAAAAUUCAGAAAUUUCUCUGUGGAUCAUGUUGUUGUUCCAAUCACAGUUGGCGAAUUUCUCAAACAACUCAACCCGCAGUGGAUACGUUGGAUACAUACAGGUAGAUCAAAACCAUAUAAUAACUCAUAAUAGCUCACAAUCUUUAUAGCUCCGGGUGAUGGAGAUCUUGAAGAAGGCAUUUUACCAUCACAUAUCACUUUUGAUCAUCACGGUGAUGUAAGUUCAGCAGCCUUUUGAAAAAUAAUUGAAAUAUUCAAAAUUUUAGAACGUUUCAAAUGAUGUUAUAAUGAGUUAUAUUCAUAAUCUGGACAAACAUCAAAAAAGAUCUCUAUUGAAUUUGAUUCGAGAAGGAAUAUUGACCGAUGAAUGUUUUAUUAAUGUUUCAACACAUCAAGGUCCCGAACGGUUACAGGUUUGUUUUGAAAGAAUGUGUUGAACGUAAGAUUUAGUGAUUUGUUUUUGAAGGUUCCAAUGCCAAGAGUGGUUGAAGCUCUGAGACUCGCUGAAAUUAAUGAACUCGAAUUUCAACAGGAAAAGCCAUUUCUUCUGAAAAUUAUUGCGAUGAAACAUUACUCUUCUGCAUGUUUUGAAAACGAUUACAGAGCAGGUAAUUAUAUUAAUUAAAUUUUUCUGAUAUUGAACUAUUUUUUAUUAAGAUUUACAAGUUCGAGCAAUAACAGCUGCCAGAUUCACAAUGCCAAUCUGGUACACAAUCUUAUUCACAUUUAUGACACUUGCCACAUUUUUUUCACAUAUCUGGUCACAGGUUACAAAUUUUGCUGAUAUGCAAAACACGUUGUUAACCACAAUACCAAUAGUUAUUUUAGUUGUUUCAAGGUACAGAAACUCCCACAAAUGAUUCUUAUCGCUAAAAAUAAUGAUUUCAGUAUCUUCAUAGCUUUAUUAUUAUAUCUGAACAUUUAUAUGGUUGGAUUUCUGUGUUGCUGUGAGAACAAUUUUAGCAAUCAAUUAGUCACCAAAGAUCUAGAUUAUUCAUCAUUAUAUAUUCAUUUUUGGUAAGUUUUUUUGGCUUAGAAACUUAAAACAAAAAUUUCCAGUGAGCUAAAUCGUUUUGAAAUUAGGAUUUAUUUGGUGAAAGGUCUUCAAUUCACGCUUCUCUGGUAUACAAUGCUCCUGGCAAUGUUUGCACAUGAACAUGAUUUGAAUAUUUAUCCCGAGUUGACUUGUGUGUUAACCAAUGGAUUUGGACUCAUGUUGUUUGCCAGGUAACUACUAACAAAAAUCACAAUGUUUCCAAAAAUUGAGACAUUCAGAAUUGCCGAAUUCUUCCGUCGUUGUCGAAAAACACGAGACGGCACUGCCAUCGCUGCGAGAUAA